AAUAAUUGUUACAUUGUUACAUUCCUGUUACAUUGUUUAUAUAUUUCGAAAUUCCUUUUGCAAAUACGAGUAUGGCGCGUGAUAAUAGGCACAUGAAUUAUGUACGCAAUAAAUAUCUCUCACCGACCAUUCGCUAUGUGAAGGAGGCCACCGCGCAGUCGCAGCCCUUCAGUGGCCCCUUUGCGCUGUAUUUGAACACCUUUUUGGGUGCCACAAAUGCCGAGUUCUUUACGUAUCCCAUGGAUGUGACCAAGACGCGUCUGCAUUUGCAGGGCGAGGCGGCGGAGAAGUCGGCCCAGGGUGGAGUACGACGUGGAAUGCUUGGCACUGCUGUGGGCAUGGCCCGGGAGGAGGGUGUGAGGGGACUGUAUGCUGGUCUAUCCGCCAUGAUCAUCAGGAAUCUGUUCUUCAAUGGUUUGCGUGUGGUGUUCUACGACUGCCUGCGUCAGAGAUUGGCCCAAGUGGAUGCGGCCAGUGGCAAGGAUGUUUUGACAGUGUCCCGUGGCUUUGCUGCCGGUUGUCUGGCUGGGUGUGCCGCCCAGUUUAUAGCCAAUCCACUGGACAUUGUCAAAGUUCGCAUGCAAAUGGAGGGCAGACGGCGGGCUCUUGGAUUUCCGGCACGAGUGAGCAAUGUGCGGCAGGCCCUGGGCGAUGCCUACCAGCAUGGCGGCUUGCGAUCGUUGUGGAAGGGCUGUGGCCCCAGCUGUGCACGCGCCAUGCUAAUGACAGCUGGUGACACAGCCUGCUAUGACCUGAGCAAACGCCAAUUCAUGGCCUGGCUACAAAUGCCCGAUGGGCUGCUCAUUCAGUUUCUAUCCUCCGUGACGGCGGGCUUUGCGGCGAGUGCUUUGAGCACGCCCACGGAUGUGGUCAAGUCGCGCAUUAUGAAUCAACCCACCGAUAAAAUGGGCAAUGGUCUGCACUAUAAGAACGCCUUCGAUUGCUACAUCAAGCUCAUCAGCCAGGAGGGUCCCACGGCCAUGUACAAGGGCUUCAUACCCUGCUGGGUGCGCAUUGGUCCUUGGUCGGUGGUGUUUUGGUUUACAUUUGAGAACCUACGAAAGCUGCAGGGACAAACGGGAUUUUGAGUUUGUACAAAGUCAAGGAAAAUUUUCAGUUUCCGCUUCAAGGGUAGCGAGAUUUAGAGUAGUGUAAGAAUAUAAAUAUAUAUAGAACA